CACUUGUCCCUCCAAAACCACAAAAUUCUUCUCUGACCUCUCUCCAUCAAAUUAUACUCAAGAUUUCAUUAAAAAUCUCACCUUUUUUUUUGCUUAAUCGUAUCUCAUACUCAUUCAUACUUGCUACUACUAGUCUUCCUUGUCUCUGCUGCCAUGGCAGUAGCAGAGUUUAUUCCCUCUUCUUCAUCAUUCACUAAAACUACUACUCUUUAUGACUCUUCACAACUUUCCCAAUAUGUAUCAACUCACAAGCCUCCAUUAACUCUUAGACGAACCCACUAUGCUAAAAUAUGCUGCUCUGUUACCUCUAAUGAAGUUCAAGCACCAGUGGCCAAGCAGAGUAAUGACUCAAUUAAAAAAACUGAAUGCUUUGGUGUUUUCUGUCUCACUUAUGAUCUCAAAGCAGAAGAAGAGACAAGCUCUUGGAAGAAGAUGAUAAAUGUCUCUGUAUCUGGUGCUGCCGGAAUGAUCUCCAAUCAUCUUCUUUUUAAACUUGCAUCAGGUGCAGUUUUUGGGCAGGAUCAACCAAUUGCAUUGAAAUUAUUGGGGUCUGAGCGGUCAAUCCAAGCCCUUGAAGGAGUUGCUAUGGAACUAGAAGAUUCCUUGUUUCCUUUGCUUAGGGAGGUCAGCAUAGGUAUAGAUCCUUAUGAGGUGUUCCAGGAUGCUGAAUGGGCACUUCUCAUUGGAGCAAAGCCUCGAGGUCCUGGAAUGGAACGAGCUGCCUUAUUGGAUAUAAAUGGGCAAAUCUUUGCUGAGCAGGGAAAAGCUCUCAAUGCUGUUGCAUCUCGUAAUGUCAAAGUGAUAGUGGUGGGAAACCCUUGUAAUACCAAUGCAUUGAUUUGUUUGAAAAAUGCUCCAGACAUACCUGCAAAGAAUUUUCACGCGUUGACAAGAUUAGAUGAAAAUCGAGCAAAAUGCCAGCUUGCUUUGAAAGCUGGAGUCUUCUAUGACAAAGUAUCUAAUAUGACCAUCUGGGGAAACCACUCGACCACUCAGGUUCCAGAUUUUUUAAAUGCAAAAAUUAAUGGAUUUCCAGUCAAAGAGGUCAUUAGAGACAUUAAAUGGUUAGAGGAAGGGUUCACUGAAAAGGUUCAAAAGAGAGGUGGUGUACUUAUUCAGAAAUGGGGAAGAUCUUCUGCUGCGUCGACUGCUGUAUCAGUUGUUGAUGCAAUAAGGUCUCUUGUGACUCCUACACCUGAAGGCGAUUGGUUCUCCACUGGCGUGUACACCAAUGGAAAUCCUUAUGGGAUAGGAGAGGAUAUAGUUUUCAGCAUGCCAUGCAGAUCAAAAGGUGAUGGUGACUAUGAACUUGUCAAGGAUGUAAUAUUUGAUGACUACCUCCAAAGUCGAAUAAAGAAGUCAGAAGACGAGUUGCUUGCUGAGAAGAAAUGUGUCGCGCAUCUUACAGGGGAGGGUAUUGCUGUAUGUGAUCUUCCAGGAGACACAAUGCUCCCUGGAGAAAUGUGAAACCAUAGGGUCAGGUUAUCGAUGGCUUUUGACCGGUCCGCCUGCUUUGCCGAACGCGUUUAGAUUCUGUGCACACAUAGGUAAAUGAAAAUGUAAUUUGUAUGCAAAUGAUAUUUGUAUAAGUUAAAUAGAUCUGAUUGCCUCUUGGAGUGGGCGUUGGGGCAAUUCAGAUUGGAUGUGAGAGCUCUGGAUUGGAAUUUUGAUUUUCGGGUUUAAAGAAUUACAAUACAAA